AUGAGUUCUAAAACGGAAACUUUAAGCAAGGGUGGGUCCCCAUCUAGUCAAUCAGAAUUGGAAGAAGAACCCCAAUCCGGUCACAACACGAAAACUACAACAAAAUCUAUUGGUAUUAGAAGAGCCGAGUUGAUCAAUCUUCAAUUAGAUUCAUUAUUUUGGAAGAUUUGCUUCUUCUUUAGUGUCUUCUUGGUUUCUUAUUGUUACGUUCUUGAUGGCAUUCUUAGACGUAACUUGCAAGCAUAUGCAACUUCAUCCUAUGCCCAGCAUUCCUUGCUUACAACUAUUACUGUUAUUAGAUCUGUUGUCGUCGGUGCUUCUCAACCCGCUUAUGCCAGAAUUUCGGACAGAUAUGGUCGUUUUGAAUUAGCUUUGGUUGCCGUUAUGUUUUAUACAAUUGGAACUGUCGUCCAAUCUCAGGCUUAUACUAUCCACAGAUAUGCAGGUGGUACUGUUUUGUACCUGUUGGGUGUCAGAGGAAUCCUUUUUAUGCUUCAGAUUAUUCUUGCUGACUUCUCAACAUUGAACUGGCGUUUGGCUGCUUCUUUUAUUCCUUCAUUACCACAUAUUAUUAAUACAUGGGUCAGCGGUGAUAUUAUGGAACAAGUCCUUACGAAAUAUAGUUGGCAAUGGGGUAUUGGAAUGUGGGCCUUCAUUCUUCCAUGUUCUUGUAUUCCACUCGCUGUUUGCUACACUAUUAUGCUUAUCAAGACAAUGAAAACACCAGCAUGGAAAGAACUUAAUGAAGAAAGUAGAAGUUUGGCCAAAUAUUCUAAAUUAUCCACUAAAUAUUGGAGAAAAUUAUCAGUUGAAUUGUUUUGGGAUUUAGAUCUUAUGGGUAUGCUUCUUCUUGUUGUCGUUCUUGGUUGUGUCUUAGUUCCUUUGACUCUUGCUGGUGGAGUAAGUUCUAAAUGGGCACAAGGACAUAUCAUUGCUCCUUUGGUAAUUGGUAUCUUAUGUAUUCCUGUAUUUGUGGUUUGGGAAGCAAGAUUCGCCAAAUUUCCACUUAUGCCUCUUGCUUUGAUGAAGGAUCGUGGUAUUUGGUCUGCAUUAUGUAUUGCUAUACUUAUUAACUGGAUCUAUUACUUACCAAACAGUUAUAUGUAUACAGUCGUGGUGGUGGGUAUGAAUGCCAGUGUUAAAGCCGGAACCCGUAUUGCCAAUUUGUUCACGUUUGUUUCCGUUAUUACUGGUUUCAUAUUAGGUCUUUUGGUUUCAAGAGUAAGAAGAUUAAAAGCAUUUAUCAUCUUCGGAUGUGCAUGUUGGUGUGCUGCUUUGGGUAUUUUACUUCGUUUUAGAGGUGAUAAUAACGGAAUUGAAAGUGAAUUCUAUUUGAAUGGUGUCAUUGGAGGGCUUUGUCUUAUGGGUUUUGGUGCAGGAUUCUACACAAACUCUCUUCAAGUUAGUAUGGCAAGUGUGACCAACCAUGAAUACAUGAGUGUCAUCCUUUCCCUUUACUAUACCAAUUAUGUUGUCGGUUCAUCUAUUGGUAGUUCAGUCAGUGGUGCAUUAUGGACUAACAAAAUGUAUCCUACUAUUUUGGAAAAGAUGGAGCUUUUAGGAGUUGAAGAUGCCCCUGCUAUGGCGCAAUUGGCUUAUGGUUCACCAUUUUCAUUUAUAGUAACGUAUGCAUGGGGUACAACCGAAAGAAUGGCUCUAGUAUUAGCAUACGCCGAGGUCCAAAAAUAUCUCUGUAUAGUUGGUUUGGCACUUUGCUUUCCUUUGUUAAUCUUUGCUUUCUUCUUGAGAGAUCAUAGAUUAGAUUCUGUUCAAAGUUUAGAGGCUGAAGAGGGAGACGAGGACAGUAAAACUGGAAUGGUCACUGUCAAUAAGUAUGAUGAUGAUGUCAUUCUUGAAAAAUUUAAGAAAGUCUUUAAAAAGUGA